AUGGGCGCUACAGGGACUAGCCAGGUAGCUCAAUCUUCUUUACUGAGACCAUGCACGUCGAUCAAGGCCAAACAAACGCCAAAGGAGAGACACUUAACCAAUGGGCGCUACAGGGACCAGCCCGGUAGCUCAAUCUUCUUAACUGAGACCAUGCACGUCGAUCAAGGCCAAACGAACGCCGAAGAAGAGACACUCAACCAAUGGACGCUACUGGGACUAGCCAGUACUAGCGACCAUGACCUUGAUCAGACAACCCCAAAAGCAAUCCACAGCUACCUGUACACCAAGUUUCAUCCACAGGUGAUCAUGACGGAGGUGAAAGACAUGAUGCGGGUUGAGUUUUCCAUGCACUACAAGCUCACCGGGCGGGAGAAACAUGUCGCUCUAGCUGGAGAUAUCUCACAACUGGGGAGCUGGCAGUCAGACAAGGCUCUGGUGGCGAAGCAUGGAGGCAUUGAUGGCAUGAAUCGCCACAGCAUAUGUAUUGAGGUUCCAAGAAGAUCUCACAUAAACUUCAAAUGGCUUAUCUUGGAUCAGAAUAUGCAACCCAUACGCUGGGAGGAGUGCGAGAAUAAGCACCUGCACAUAUUCUACGAGGUCGGAGAGUCGUUGUCUGUCUACAACCCCUGGGAUCGCCCUCCAGAAAUUAUUGGUGUGCACUAUGGCCCGGAAGCCAGUUCCUCCAUUCCUGAGGCUGUAAGACUAAGGCAAAAGGAGAGUGCGGAGAAAGUCAUAAAGGAGGCCAAGGCCCACUGGAAGAAACAGAUGGAUCUCUGGGACGCAACACAGAGCACUGGCUCCAUGGCCCAGCUGCAGGACAGCCCCAAGGAUGACAUUGCCUCCACAACACAGGACAAUGACACUUCAGUGCACUAUGGCCCGGAAGCCAGUUCCUCCAUUGCUGAGGCUGUAAGACUAAGGCAAAAGGAGAGUGCGGAGAAAGUCAUAAAGGAGGCCAAGGCCCACUGGAAGAAACAGAUGGAUCUCUGGGACGCAACACAGAGCACUGGCUCCAUGGCCCAGCUGCAGGACAGCCCCAAGGAUGACAUUGCCUCCACAACACAGGACAAUGACACUUCAGAGAGACAGUACACGCCUUCAUACUUGGCAACCGCUACAGUAAACUUGCUGAACACAGGAGCUGGGUCAUUCUCAUCCAGCCUUGGAUGGCUAAAGGAGAACGCCACCAACAUCAAGAACAUGACCACUACAGCAAACAUGCUCCAGACAGGAUCAGCAUGCAAACAUGCUCCAGACAGGAUCUAG